AUGAAGACCCCAGGCUUUUUGAGAAGGCGUAGGGAUAGCCAGAAAGAACCACCCCCUUAUACGGAAGACAUCGCGUCGAAGCCCACUCGCUCCAUUAAAGCAACAGAUUCCCCUCAAUGGCGCUGGACAGAAGCACAGUGCCAAGAGUGGUUCGCUGCGGUCUUCGUUCGAUUUCUCGAGAAAUCGCCAGAAGAAGCUGCACGGUUAUCGCGCUCCAUAAAGGGCUGGGGUCCAAGUAUAUACAUGGAGGUGGGAAUACAUCCGAUUGAAGAGUACAACAUGCAGCAAAAUCAAAACCUCGCAGAAUCCAACUAA